AACCACUGUUCAGCUUCGCCACCAGACUUCUGCCCUCCACAUUCCGUUUUCGCUAAAGAGGUCGACGAUGGUUGUGAGGUCGCCAAGGAUCCGAACAACCUGAAAAAGUCACCAAUAGAGAAAUGGUUCACAGAAAAAAUGUUCAAUGACCUGUUCCCGAAAGCAAAUCUCGGAUUCGGACCUGAUGACUGUCUACCGUACUCAUACAAAUCGUUUAUCAUAGCGGCCCGAUACUUUCCGGAAUUUGGUGGCGAAGGUUCAAGCAAGGCAUACGAACCCGCGCAACACCAAAGACGAGAUGUUGCUGCUUUCUUCGCUCACGUUCUUCAGGAAACCGGAGAAAACGACAUUUCUCUAUUCAAGUGA